CGAAACAUCAAUUAUCCACAAGCCCUAAAUCAAUUCAAUCAAAUCCCUUUCUCGACGUCGUUUUGCGCCUUCCCAUCUCCACCUGGCAACCUUCCACCGGCUCACGGUCGCCGGAAAACGACUGCCCCUUUUCAAAUUGGAGCGCGCAAUUCGAUUUAGGGAACUUUUUAAUCAGGGCAUGGAAAGCAGGAGCUGGCUGGUUGUUGCAAUUCUCAUAUGUUCGGUGACUUUAUCAUCAUGUAGAGAACUCAAGGUGACAGUCAAGCAUAAGCACAACCAUAAGCAGCAUGACUCGGCAAAGUACAAUCACACUCUUGCAACAAUAUUGGUGCAAUAUGCUUCAGCAGUAUAUAUGUCAGACUUGACUGAGUUGUUUACAUGGACUUGCUCAAGAUGUAAUGGUCUAACAGAGGGCUUUGAAAUACUUGAGCUGAUCGUUGACGUAAAAUGGUGUCUACAGGGAUUUGUUGGUUUUGCAGCUAAUCUUAACGCUGUUGUUAUUGCAUUCAGGGGAACACAGGAAACCAGUAUUCAGAAUUGGGUCGAAGAUUUGUUCUGGAAGCAGCUUGAUAUCAAUUAUCCUGGAGUUGACGGUGCAAUGGUUCAUCAUGGUUUUUAUAAUGCUUAUAAUGACUCUUCAUUACGUCCUGGAGUUCUAAGUGCUGUUCAACUAGCAAAGGAGCUAUAUGGAGACACUGACAUCAUGGUAACAGGGCACUCAAUGGGAGGAGCAAUGGCUGCAUUAUGCGGACUUGAUCUUCGUCUCACUCUUGGAAAGCAGCAGAAAGUCCAGGUCGUGACAUUUGGGCAACCUAGGAUUGGAAAUGCUGUUUUUGCAUCCUACUAUAGCGAAGUUGUCCCGGACACCUUUCGUGUCACACAUGGAAAUGAUAUGGUGCCUCAUCUGCCCCCCUAUUACUCCUAUUUUCCGCAGAAAACGUACCAUCACUUCCCAAGAGAGGUCUGGAUCCGCGAUCUUGCAUUUGGAAGCUUUGUUUAUACAGUCGAGAAGGUUUGUGAUGGUUCUGGGGAAGACCCAACUUGUAGCAGAUCUGUGAGGGGAAACAGCAUUGCUGAUCACUUGAUAUACUAUGGCGUUGAAAUGGGAUGCAAUGAGUCGACAAGCACGUGCAGGAUUGUGAUGGACCAGGGUCUUGCUGCCUAUGGCUUGACAGAUGCUGAUGGGAAUUUUGUUGUAUUGAGGGAUCCACCAAAGUCGGUCUUGAAAUUAAAUACAGACGGAGGCAAUCGAAGCACCCUGGUUUAGAUGUGCUGAAUCGGGCCAACCACACCAAUUUUUGUUGAGGUGGAUUGUAAUCAGAGGUCAUAUUCAUUCAAAAAAGCAAAAAAUAAGAAACUGUACAUACAUCUUGCUCACAUGUAACACCAAAAAUGUCUUCUGUAAAUAACAGUUCCCACAGCAUGUAUUAGUAUACAGAAUCUGCACUUGUAAAUAAAGUCCUCAUCUCUGCAAUUUCAUAUUUGUGUCAAUCAGCUGAUUUAUCGAGAUUUA